UGCAGUUCGAGGCCACCUUUGGCAGCUCUUUCGUACGAGUAUAUGAAUCUUCACGAAAAAGAUCCCAUCGUCAAAAUAGCCGUGUCGCAUAUGCGCCAUGCAUGCAGAUGGUGAGACGGCAAUGCAUGGGUAAAUGGGGGGUACGACCAAUGUUGAAGACCUCAUCCGGACCUUUACACGGACAAGCACCUUUCCAAACCAAAGUUUCCAAAGCUUUCGAACCUAAUAUCCAUUGCAAUGGCCUACUUAAGCAUAAGGUGGUUUCUGAUCACGCUUGCUGUGCUCACUCCAGUCUUAUUGAGUCUCCGACUCGGCCAUGAUAGGUCGUUCGCAGCGUCCUUCCAUGAUGGAGCGUCGAUGCUCUAUCCAGACUCGGUAGACCUGAAGGAAUUUGAAGACGCAAGCUUGCGUUGGAGUGCAGCUGAUUCACCGACGUACAUUAUGAUCGUUCGGGUUGCGACAGAAGUAGAGGUACAAAGGACGAUUCUUUAUGCAAAUCGAAAGCGGACACCUUUCCUUGCUAUCUCAGGCGGUCAUGGACAAACCUCAACAGUCGGAAAGGUGAAGAACGGUAUCGGCAUUCAUCUUGGUCGCAUGAGUUCAAUGUACAUUGAUACCGACGGCCAGUCGGUUGUGAUCCAAGGUGGUGUGCGAAAUGGAGCUCUGAUCUCGUAUCUGUGGGCUCAUGGAAAGCAGACGAUGACUACAGGCUGUGAUUGUGUUGGCUAUAUCGCACCGAUCUUGGGCGGUGGACACGGUUGGUUGCAAGGCCGCUAUGGACUUGCGGCCGACCAGCUCAUUUCUGCUCGUCUUGUACUCGCGAACGGAACUGCAAUCGAGGUAUCGCAGGUGCGUAAUCCGGAUUUGUUUUGGGCGAUUCGAGGUGCUGGUCAUAACUUUGGCAUUGUGACUUCGGCCAGGCUAAAGAUAUACGAUGUCGAACCCAGCCAGAAACAGUGGGCCGCCAGUAGCUUCGUCUUCACGCACGACAAGCUGGAAUCUCUUUUUGCGAUGGCGAACAACAUUCUCGAUAGCCCGAACCGACCAGUUGGGAUGGUACACUACCUCGUGUUUGCGUUCAAUCCGGACGUUGAUCCAAAUCACCCCAUCAUUGUUGUGUGGAUAUACUACCAGGCCGCUUCAAUUCCGUUUCAGUAUACUCGUCCGCUCUAUGCGCUCUCUCCUGUCGCGGUUGAGUCCAGCACCACCGAUCUCGCGGGUGUGAAUGCACAUCUGUACGCCACGGACGACGGAGUCGCGUGUGCGAAAGGAUUUUCGCGAAAAUUGGCACCGGUGUCACUACAGAGAUACGACAUUGGUUCUAUUCGCAAGGCUUUCGACGUAUUUGCUGGCGUCCCAUCCUCGUUCCAUAACUCUGUCAUGUUUGCCGAAGGCUACGCCACGAAUCGCGUCGAAGAGAUUGAUGCAAACAGUACUGCGUUCCCGGAUCGAGCUGGUAAACUGCUUUUAUCGCCGAUCCUGACAUAUCUACCAAACGCGAGUCUUGAUGCCAUUGCAGAAGACAUCAGUAACAGAAUACGAGACGCACUACUAGAAGGUAGCAGUUCGAAGCUGGUGUCGUAUGUCAACUACGCUCGUGGCGAUGAGAGCAUGGAAGCCAUAUAUGGGUACGAGCCCUGGAGGUUAGAGAAGCUUCGGAGGCUGAAGAAGGAGUACGAUCCCUUCGGACGGUUCAACUACUACGCACCAAUCUCCUAGUUGCCGAGGCGAGAAGAGGUGCGCAUUCUCGAGACCGUCUAACUUAACAGAGCUCGCAUGGUCAUAUGGAUUCGAACUUGCAGGACAUAUCGGUGCCUUCUGCACGAGGUAUUGAUAGACCAUAUCACGAAGCUCGCGAUGAAGGCAUUCCUGUGGUUGAUCGAGGAGGUCACGGGGCUUGGCUGCUAUAUGAGUGUUGAAAUAAUAUUGAACAGUCGUACAGGGUACCUUUGCUAUUUCCCCGAGCAAUUUAUCCUUCUCAUCGAGUUUGUUGGAUUGUAUUUCGAUGUUUGGUGACCGAUACUGGAGGUCAUCUUCGAGAUAUCCCCGAGCAUCCACGAUUUCAUCGAGCUUUUCUUCAAGGGUCGCUAGUUGGGUCAAAGACCUGUGAUCUCGUCAGGACAACACCGGCCACCAUGUUAUAAUAUAUCUUAUUCUUUUAGGAGUUCAUGCUCCGAAUCACGCACUUCUUUAAACAAAUUUGUC